CCCGCACUAGGCGGCGAAAGAGCGCAGCGCCUGGCGACCGGGUCCCGAGACGCUCGACGGCUCGCCCCGGGCGCGGAGACGGGCUGUGUGGUUGGGCCAGUGGAACAGACCGGGGAUACCCAGACGUGGUAGAGGUGACAGCCUGGACUUCGCGACCCCUGGCAGGGUGGCGGCCCACUGAGCGCCCACCUGUCCCGGGCCCCCACAGCGAGGAGUGGCCGCGCCGCCCGCCAGUGCGCGGGGCUCCGAGACCGGCGGGGGAGCAAGCGGACGAAGGAGGGGCCGCAGUCGCUGACACUGCCGCCUUCACCCCUCAGCUUCCGCGCGUCGGAGCCUGGCAGCUCCAGGUUCCCCGCGGCGCCGGGGCUGAGACCCGGGUGACCUUCACCGCCCCUGCAGCGAGUCACCAGUGGGCAUGUUUCAGGUGGGCAGAUCCAGCAUCCCCAAACCUGCCCCCCGCAGCCUGGAGGACCUGGACUCCGUGCAGCGCGUCCUGUUACACAGUGAUCUUGAGCCUGAAUGGCUGGACAGUGUGCAGAAAAAUGGAGAGCUGUUUUAUUUGGAACUGAGUGAGGAUGAAGAAGAAAGUCUCCUUCCUGAGACACCAACUGUGAACCAUGUGAGGUUCAGUGAAAAUGAGAUUGUCAUUGAAGAUGAUUACAAGGAAAGAAAAAAGUAUGAACCCAAACUCAAGCGAUUUACCAAAAUUUUAAGAAGAAAAAAGCUUUUACCCAAGCGCUGUAAGAAAAAAAAUAGCAACAAUAAUGGGCCUGUAUCCAUUCUAAAGCAUCAGUCCAAUCAGAAGACAGGAGUCAUUGUCCAACAGCGGUACAAAGAUGUGAAUGUUUAUGUAAACCCCAAAAAGCUAACUGUCUUCAAAGCCAAAGAACAGCUCAAGCUUCUAGAAGUGCUGGUUGGAAUUAUUCAUCAGACCAAGUGGAGCUGGAGAAGAACUGGAAAGCAGGGUGAUGGAGAGAGGCUUGUAGUCCAUGGCCUGCUACCAGGGGGAUCUGCUAUGAAGAGUGGUCAGGUACUCAUUGGUGAUGUCCUUGUUGCUGUGAAUGAUGUUGAUGUUACUUCUGAAAACAUAGAGAGAGUUCUGUCUUGCAUUCCUGGACCUAUGCAGGUAAAACUGACAUUUGAAAAUGCAUAUGCUGUGAAAAAGGAGACAUCCCAACCAAGACAGAAAAAGACACGGUCGAACACAAGUGAUUUAGUCAAGCUUCUCUGGGGAGAAGAGGUUGAAGGUACCCAGCAGAGUAGCCUAAACACUCCUCAUAUCAUUAUGUAUCUCACACUACAGCUCGACUCAGAAACCUCCAAGGAAGAGCAGGAAAUUCUUUAUCAUUAUCCAAUGUCUGAAGCAUCUCAGAAACUUAAAAGUGUAAGAGGGAUUUUUCUCACACUUUGUGACAUGCUGGAAAACGUAACUGGGACACAAGUUACUAGUUCAUCCCUCCUUUUAAAUGGAAAACAAAUUCACGUGGCUUAUUGGAAAGAAUCUGACAAGUUGUUGCUAAUUGGCCUGCCUGCUGAAGAAGUUCAUCUUCCUCGGCUAAGGAGCAUGAUAGAAAAUGUAGCCCAAACCUUAAAAUUUAUGUAUGGUUCUUUAGAUAGUGCCUUUUGCCAGGUUGAGAAUGUUCCUCGUUUGGAUCAUUUUUUUAACUUGUUCUUUCAAAGAGCACUUCAGCCUGCGAAACUGCAUUCCGGUACCAGUCCCAGUGCUCAGCAGUAUGAUGCUUCCAGUGCAGUACUUUUAGAUAACCUCCCUGGAGUCCGGUGGCUCACACUUCCACUGGAAAUCAAGAUGGAAUUAGACAUGGCAUUAAGUGACUUGGAGGCUGCAGAUUUUGCAGAACUGUCUGAGGAUUACUAUGACAUGAGGCGGCUAUAUACAAUUUUGGGCUCUUCUCUAUUUUAUAAGGGUUAUUUGAUAUGCAAUCAUUUGCCCAAGGAAGAUCUUAUUGAUAUUACUGUAUACUGUCGCCACUAUUGUCUGCUGCCAUUAGCAGCAAAACAAAGAAUUGGUCAGUUGAUAAUAUGGAGAGAAGUGUUUCCUCAGCAUCACCUCCGACCUUUGGCAGACUCAAACACUGAAGUCUUUCCGGAACCUGAAGGAAGAUAUUUUUUGCUAAUUGUUGGCUUGAAACAUUAUAUGCUAUGUGUACUAUUAGAAGCUGGAGGCUGUGCAUCCAAAGCUAUUGGGAAUCCAGGACCAGACUGUAUAUAUGUGGAUCAGGUCAAAACAACUCUUCAACAGCUGGAGGGAGUAGAUUCUCGCAUAGAUGAGCGACUGGCAUCUCCUCCAAUCCCCUGUUUGUCUUGUGCUGACUGGUUCCUUACUGGAUCACGUGAAAAAACAGAUAGCUUGACCACUUCACCUAUUCUCAGUAGGCUACAAGGUACUUCCAAAGUAGCAACCUCUCCAACAUGUAGAAGAACGCUUUUUGGUGACUAUUCCUUAAAGACACAUAAGCCCAGUCCUUCGCGAAGCAGUGAAGGAUCUGACAAUGGUUGUGAAGGUGGAGAAGAUGAUGGCUUUAGCCCCCAUACUACACCAGAUGCGGUACGGAAGGAAAGAGAAUAUCAGGGCUCUGUUGGUUUAGAAGAAAGUGGAACCUCGUUUAAGGUCACUAAAAAGAAGUCUACUCUUCCAAAUCCAUUUCAUUUGGGAAACUUGAAAAAGGACCUUCCAGAAAAAGAAUUAGAAAUAUAUAACACAGUGAAACUGACAUCUGGUCCUGAGAACACACUUUUCCACUACGUUGCCUUAGAAACAGUGCAAGGAAUCUUUAUUACUCCUACCCUUGAAGAGGUGGCACAGCUAAGUGGCUCUAUCCACCCUCAGCUAAUAAAGAAUUUCCAUCAGUGUUGUCUUUCCAUUCGUGCAGUUUUCCAACAGACAUUGGUGGAAGAGAAAAAGAAAGGACUAAAUAGUAGAGACCAUUCAGAUUCUGCAAAGUCGGUGUCUUCUCUUAACCCUGUUAAAGAACAUGGUGUAUUGUUUGAAUGUUCACCUGAAAACUGGACUGAUCAGAAAAAAGCACCACCAGUUAUGGCCUACUGGGUAGUAGGGAGACUUUUUCUUCAUCCAAAACCUCAAGAACUUUAUGUCUGUUUUCAUGACUCAGUCACAGAAAUUGCCAUUGAAAUAGCUUUUAAAUUGUUCUUUGGAUUAAUCUUGUAGCCAUACUUUCUUGUUGUGUAGAAACACGUGCACAGAGGAUUAAACACUGUCAAAAUUGCUGAAAUCAAUACACAAAGAGAUAAAGUUUAGCUUCUUUUUACUUUUCAAUAUUGAACAUAGUAUUGUUAAAUAUUGAAAUGAAAUGCUGUUGUAUUUGGUACAUUAAAUCUUAAUGUAAUAUUUCUUUUUAGAAUAUACUUGAUCAAAAUAUGAAAGAAGGGAUUGUUAACUUGUUGCUACUUUGGUAUAUAAUGUUAAUUUAUUGACUGGUUUGAAAUCAUGUGAAGUGUUUUAUAUAAGAUUAAUAUAGGAAAUGUUUAUUUUGGAAGAAUACCCAAUUUGUUGUUUAUUUUUCUCAAAACUCAUACUGAUAUCUGUUGAAACAAUCAUGAAAUUGGGAGGAGGUGACCAGGUUCUGUAACUAAGUAGUGCUAUGACUAUGAGCAAGUUUUUGUACCUCUCUAAGCUCAGAGUUUUCAUGUAAAAUGAGAUGAUUGCACUGAGGUUUCAAAAGUCCCUCUUAAGUAAAAUGUACUACUUUUAUUUUAUUUUUAGUUCUAGGGUACAUGUGCAGGAUAUUAGGUUUGUUACAUAGGUAAAUGUGUGCCAUGGCAGUUUGCCGCACCUGUCAACCCAUCACCUAGGUAUAAAGCCUAGCAUGCAUUAACUAUUUUUCCUAAUACUCUCUCUCCCCCAACCCGCACCCCCAACAGGUCCCAGUGUGUGUUGUUCCCCUCCCUAUGUUCAUAUGUUCUCAUGGUUCAGCUCCAACUUAUAAGCAAGAGUAUAUAGUGCUUGGUUUUCUGUUACUGUGUUAGUUUGCUGAGUAUAAUGGCUUCCAGCUUCAUCCAUGUCCCUGCAAAGGACAUUAUCUCAUUCCUUUUUGUGGCUGCAUAGUAUUCCAUGGUGUAUGUGUACCACAUUUUCUUUAUCCAGUCUAUUAUUGAUGGGCAUUUGGGUUGAUUCCGUGUCUCUGCUAUUGUAAAUAGUGCUGCAAUCCACAUAUGUGUGCAUGUAUAUUUGUAAUGGAAUGGUUUAUAUUCCUUUGGGUAAUGGGAUUGCUGAGUCAGAUGAUAUUGUUGGUUCUAGAGCUUUGAGGAAUCACCACACUGUCUUCCACAAUGGUUGAACUAAUUUCAUUUCCACAAACAGUGUAAAAGUGUCCCUAUUUUUCCACAGCUUCACCAGCAUCUGUUAUUUCUUGAUUUUUUAAUAAUGGCCAUUCUGACUGGUGUGAGAUGGUAUCUUAUUGUGGUUUUGAUUUGCAUUUCUGUAACCAUCAGUGAUAUUCAGCUUUUUUCAUAUAUUUGUUGGCGGCAUGAAUGUCUUCUUUUGAGAGGUGUCUAUUCAUGUACUUUGCCCAGUUUUUAAUGGGGCUGUUUGCUUUUAUCUUGUAAAUUUGUUUGAGUUCUUACAGAUUCUAGAUAUCAGAUCAUUGUCAGAUGGAGAGAUUAUAAAAAUUUUCUCCCACUCUGUAGGUUGCCUGUUCAUUCUGAUGAUAGUUUAUUUUGCUGUGCAGAAGCUAUUUAGUUUAAUUUGAUCCCAUUUGUUAAGUUUUGCUUUUGUUGCAAUUUCUUUUGGUGAUUUCAUCAUGAAAUUUGCCUGUGCCUAUGUCUUGAAUGGUAUUGCCUAGAUUUUCUUCUAGGGUUUUUGUAGUUUUGGCCUUUACAUUAAAGCUUUUAUUCCAAGUUAAUUUUUAUAUAUGAGGAAGGGGUCCCGUUUCUAUUUUCUGCAUAUGGAUAGCCAGUUCUCUUGCACCAUUUAUUAAAUAAGGAAUCCUUUCCCCGUUACUUGUUUUUGUCAGGUUUGUUGAAGAUCGGAUGGCUGUAGAUGUGUAAUCUUAUCUCUGAGUUCUCUGUUAUGUUCCAUUGAUCUAUGUGUCUUUUCUUUGUACCAGUACCAUGCUGUUUUGGUUAUUGUAGCCUUACAGUAUAGCUUCAAGUCUGGCAAUGUGAUGCCUCCAGCUUUGGUCUUUUCGCUUAGGAUUGCCUUGGCUAUACAGGCUCUUUUUUAGUUCCUUAUGAAUUUUAAAAUAGUUUUCUCUAAGUCUAUGAAGAAUGUCAAUGGUAGUUUAAUGGGAAUAACAUUGACUCUAUAAAUCACUCUGGGCAGUAUGGCCAUUUUCAUGAUAUUGAUUCUUCCUGUCCAUGAGCAUGGAAUAUUUUUCCAUUUGUUUGUGUCCUCUCUGGUUUCCUUGAGCAGUGAAUUUUGAUGAAAUCACCAAAAGCAAUUGCAGCCUUUCCUUGAAGAGGUACUUCACUUCCCUUGUUAGCUGUAUUCCUAGGUAUUCUCUCUGAAGCAGUUGUGAGUAGGAGUUCAUUCAUGAGUUGGAUCUCUGCUUGCCUGCUGUUGGUGUAUGGGAAUACUUGUGACUUCUGCACAUUUUGUAUCUUGAGACUUUGCCAAAGUUGCUUAUCAGCUUAAGAAGCUUUUGGGCUGAGACAAUGGGGUUUUCUAGAUAUAGGAUAAUGUCAUCUGCAAACAAAGACAUUUUGAUUUCCUCCCUUCCUGUUUGAAUACCCUUUUUUCUUUCUCUUGCCUGAUUGCCCUGGCCAGAACUUCCAAUACUAUGUUGAAUAGGAGUGGUGAGAGAGAGCAUCCUUGUCUUGUGCCAGUUUUCAAGGGGAAUGCUUCCAGCUUUUUCCAGUAUGAUGUUGGCUGUGGGUCUGUCAUAAAUGGCUCUCAUUAUUUUGAGGUAUGUUCCUUCAAUAUGUUCCUUUAACAUGAAGGGAUAUUGAAUUUUAUUGAAGGCCUUUUCUGUAUCUAUUGAAAUAAUCAUGUAGUUUUCAUCUUUAGUUCUGUUUACAUGAUGAAUUAUGUUUAUUGAUUUGUGUAUGUUGAACCCCUCACAUCCCAGGAAUGAAGCCAACUUGAUCGUGGUAGAUAAGCCUUUUGAUGUGCUGCUGGAUUCAGUUUGCCAGUAUUUUAUUGAGAAUUUUUGCAUCAAUGUUCAUCAGGGAUAUUGGCCUCAAGUUUUCUUUUUUUGUUGUAUCUCUGCCAGGUUUUGGUAUCAGGAUGAUGCUGGCCUCAUAGAGUGAGUUAUGGAGGAGUCCCUGCUUUUCUGUUGUUUGGAAUGGUUUCAGAAAAAACGGUAUCAUCUUCUCUUUGUAUUUCUGGUAGAAUUCAGCUGUAAAUUCAUCUGGUUCUGGGCUUUUUGGCUGGUAGCCUAUUUAUUACUGCUUCAAUUUUCAGAACUUGUUAGUGGUUUAUUGAACGAUUCAACUUCUUCAUGGUUCAGUCAUGGGAGGGUGUGUGUAUCCAGGAAUUUAUCCAUUUCUUCUAGAUUUUAUAGUUUAUUUGCAUAGAGCGGUUAUCGUAUUCUCUGAUGGUUGUUUAUAUUUCUGUAAGGUCAGUGGUUAUAUCCACUUUGUCAUUUUUUAUUGAGUCUAGUUUAUUUGCAUAGAGCUGUCAUCGAAUUCUCUGAUGGUUGCUUAUAUUUCUGUAAGGUCAGUGAUAAUAUCCACUUUAUCAUUUUUUAUUGAGUCUAUUUGAUACUUCUCUCUUUUCUUCUUUAUUAAUCUGGCUAGCAGUCUCUCUAUUUUGUUAAUCUUUUCAAAAAAACAGCUCCUGGAUUCACUGAUUUUUUUUAAGGGUUUUUCAUGUCUCCGUCUCCUUCAUUUCCAUUCUGAUCUUGGUUAUUUCUUGUCUUCUGCUAGCUUUUGGGUUUGUUUGCUCUUGGUUCUCUAGUUCUUUUAGUUGUGGUACUAGGGUGUCAAUUUGAUAUCUUUCUAGCUUUUUGAUUUUGUUUUCACUGGUUUCAAAGAACUUCUUGAUUUCUCCCUUUAUUUCAUCAUUUACCCCGGAGUCAUUGAGGAGCAGGUUGCUCAAUUUCCAUGUAGUCAUGUGGUUUUGAGUGAGUUUCUUACUCGAGUACCAAUUUGAUUGCACUGUGAUCUGAGAGACUGUUACGGGAUUUCAGUUCUUUUGCAUUUGCUGAGGAGUGAUUUACUUCCAAUUAUGUAAUCAGUUUUAGAGUAAGUGCCAUGUAGCACUGAGAAGAAUGUAUAUUCUGUUGUUUGGGGCUGGAAAAGUCUGUAAAUAUCUAUCAGGUCUACUUGAUCCAGAGCUGAGAUCAAGUCCUGAAUAUCUUUGUUAAUUUUCUGUCUCAAUGAUCUAAUAUGGAUAGUGGGGUGUUAAAGUCUCCCACUCUUAUUGUGUGGUAGUCUAAGUCUCAUUGUGGGUCUCUAAGAACUUGUUUUGUGAAUUUGGGUGCUCCUGUAUUGGGUGCAUAUAUAUUUAGGACAAUUAGCUCUUGUUGAAUUGACCCCUUUAUUAAUAUGUAAUGCCCUUCUUUUCCUUUGUUGGUUUAAAGUCUCUGUGAGAAACCCCUCCUUUUUUGUUUUCCUUUUCUUGGUAGAUUUUCCUCCCUCCUUUUAUUUUGAGUCUAUGUGUAUCCUUGCAUGUGAGAUGGGUCUCUUGAAUACAGCACACCAAUGGAUUUUGACUCUUUAUCCAGCUUGCCCUCUAGGGCACUUAGUGUGCUUAUAUUUUUAAAGUUAAUAUUGUUGUGUGUGAAUUUUAUCCUGACAUUGUGAUGCUAGUUGGUUGUUUUGCAGACUUGUUUAUGUAUUUGCUUCAUAGUGUCACUGAUCUGUGUAUUUCAGUGGUUUUUAUAGUGGCUGGUAACAGUUUUUCCUUUCCAUAUUUAGUACUUCCUUCAGGAGCACUUGUAAGGCAGGCCUAGUAGUGAUGAAUUCCCUCAGCAUUUGCUUGUCUGAAAAAGAUUUUAUUUCUCCUUCUCUUAUGAAGCUUAGAUCAGCCAGACAUGAAAUUCUAAGUUGGAUAUUCUUUUCUUUAAGAAUGUUGAAAAUUGGCUCCCAAUCUCUUCCAGCUUAUAAGGUUUCUUCUGAAAGGUCUGCUGCUAGUCUGAUGGGCUUCCCUUUAUAGGUAACCUGGCCCUUCUCUCUGACUGCCCUUAACAUUUUUCCCUUCCUUUCAGCCUUGGAGAAUCUGAUGAUUAUGUGUCUUGGGGUUGAUCUCAUGGAGUAUUUUAUCGGGGUUCUCUGGAUUUUCUGAAUUUUAAUGUUGGCCUAUCUUGCUAGUUUGGGGAGGUUUUCCUGGAUGAUAUCCUGAAGUGUGUUUUCCAACUUGGUUCUCUUCUUCCUGUCUCUUUCAGGUAUACCUAUCAGUCGUAGGUUCAAUCUUUUAACAUAAUCCCAUAGUUCUCUGAGGUUUUGUUUGUUCCUUUUCAUUCUUUUUUCUCUAAUCUUGUCUGCUUUUCUUAUUUCAGCAAAAUAGUCUUCCAGCUCUGAUAUCCUUUCUUCCACUUAGUCUGUUCAGCUAUUGACACUUGUGUUUGCAUUAUAAAGUUCUCGUGUUUUUCCGCUCCAUCAGAUCAUUUAUGUUCCUCUCUAAACUGUGUAUUUGGCUAACAGCUCCUGUCAGGUUUUAUCAUGGUUCUUAGCUUUUUUGCAGUGAGUUAGAACAUAAUCCCCUAGCUUGACGAAGUUUAUUUCCCAUCUUGGAUGGACGACUGACAUUCAUCCAUCUCAACCUCAGCCCAGUUCUAUGCCCUGCUGGAGAUGUGCUGCAGUCUUUUGGAGGAGAAGAGGCACUCUGGCUUUCUGAGUUUUCAGUAUCUUUGCAGUCUUUCUCAUCUUCAUGGGUUAAUCUACCUUUGAUCUUUGAGGCUGCUGACUUUUGGAUGGGGUUUCUGUGAUGUCUUUUUUGUUGAUGUUGUUGCGUUCUGUUUUUCUUCUAGCAGUUAGGCCCCUCUUCUGUAGAACUGCUGAAGUUUGCCUAGGGUCUACUGCAGCCUCUGUUCACUUGGGUCUCUCCUGUCCCUGGAGAUAUCACCAGUGGAGGCUGUAGACCAGCAAAGAUGGCAGCCUGCUCCUUCGUCUGAGAGCUCUUUCCCAGAGGGGCACUGGCCUGAUGCCAACUGGCACACUCUUGUAUGAAGUGUCUGGAGACUACUGUUAGGAAGUCUCAGUCAGGAGGAGUGGGGUCACAGACCCACUUAAAUAAGCAGCCUGUCUGUCCCAUGAUAAAGCCUUGACAGGGUGGGUGUGCUCUACUGGGGGAAAUCCCCCUCAUCUGGGCUGCCCUGAUUCUCCAGAGCCAGCAGGCAGAAAAGACUAAGAUCAUUGAUCCAGGUACUACAGCCAUCCCUCCUCUUAGGGGUUCUUGUCAGGGUUAUCAGUGUUCUGUCCAUAAACCCUUGACUGGCGAUGCUGAAAUUCCCACAGGGAGGCCCUGUCCAAUGGGGAGGAGUGGAUCCUGGUCUGGCCCCAUCUCUCUGGUGCCAGCAACAAGGGAAAGUGACCAACCAGAGCCACAGACGACAGCCUUCCCUCCCCACUCCCCCACUUCUGGAACUCGGUCUUCUUAGGCAGUUUCUAGCUGGCUGGGGGUUGGGCGGGGGAAGGGGCUGAUUCCAGGCCAGUGGGUUUUAGCUUGUGAGUUCCAUGAGAGCAAGAUUGCUUGACUCCCUGGCUUCAGCCCCCUCUCCAUGAGAGUGGACAAGACCUUCUGCCUCACCAGAGUUCCCAGAGUGGAGUAUGCAAAUACUCCUGCAUCUCAGUGCCUGCUGGAAGUGGCUGUGAACCUGAGUAGCUGCUGUGAUUCUCCAACAGCUUUGUGCUUGGGACCCAAAGCUCUGGUAGCAUGGUCUCAGGAGGGGACCUCCUGAUCUACAGGUUGCAGGGAUCUGUGCGAAAAGCCUGGUUUUCAGGGAGGGGAAGCAAAAUCCUUCACUGUCUCCCUUGGCUGAGGGAGGGAGUUCCCUUUGCCGUGCGCAGCUCCCGUGUUGGGUCUUGCUCCACCCUGUUUUUCCUCACUCUCCGUGGGUCAUGCUAGCCACCUAAUCAGUCCUAAUAAGAGAACUUUGGUACCUCAGUUGAUGAAGCAGAGUUCACUCACAGUUUUCAUCCUUUUCAGUGGGAGCUGCAGAGUGGAGCUGCUUCUAUUUGACCAUCUUGGCUCUCUCUUUGACUUUUUGUGAGUUUUUUUGUUUGUUUGUCUUGCCUCUUGCGUGUUGGUCUCUACCUAAGUUAGUAAUGUCCAAGUACUGAUUCCUUAUCAAAUACAUUUCAUUAGUUUAACUAUAUUAGUACAUACCUCACUGUGGGAAAAGAUGAAAAUUAUUUUUUAUUUAUUUGAUUCUCUUUAAGUUUCAGGUAAACUCAGUUUUGACUAGGGUGUGUGGGUGUGUGUGUGUGUGUAUAAGUAUUUUUUAACUAUUUAGCAACUUUCUUUGUUUUUGUUAAAAUACAUUCAGAAGCUGGGCUUGGGUGGCUCAUGCCUAAUCUCAACACUUUGGACGGCUGAGGCAGGUGGAUCACUUGAGCCCAGGAGUUUGAAACCAGCCUGGGCAACAUAAAACUCUGUCUCUACAAAAAAUUAGCCAGAUGUGGUAGCACUCUCUUUUAACAGUGCCAGCUACUUGGGAUGCUGAGGUGGGAGGACCACCAGAGCCUAGUAGGUUGAGGCUGCAGUGAGCUAUGAUCAUGCCACUGUACUCCAGCCUGGGCAACAGAGUGAGACCCUGUCUCAAAAAAAUAAAAUACAAACAAAGAAACCAAAAAAAAAAACCACACACAUUCAAGUAUAUUACACAUGCAUUUUAUAUAUUUCAUGAACUUCAGGAAAGCUUCAUGUAAAUCUUUUUUUUAAAACUAAAGCAUGUUAAAGACACUGAAAAAGUUAACUAAAAUUCUAUGGUGACUUCUUGUAUAAAAUACUAAUUUUUAUCUUAGAAAUAUAGAUCAUUAUGCAUUGGGUUUUCUCAAAGGGGGAACACUUUAAUAAACAGUAGUUUACUUGACCUUUAGUAGAAAAAGAAAACUAAUGGUGGAGAUUUUUCUUUGGCUGUGAGAAUUUGGUAGAUAGAAAGAAAGGAAGAACAUAAAUACUACAUUUUAAUUGACAUUUACCCUGUAGAUCAUCCUAGAGGUUCGAUGCCCCCAAGACACUACAACACUGAGCUGUUUCUUCUUCAGGUCUUAAGCUUUGAAGACAAGCUAUACCAGCACAUCUAAAAUUGGUCCCUCCAUUUUUCUACCUUAAACAUGAGCUGUCCAGCUUAGUGAAAAGCAACUGCAAAACAGUGGGUACCAUUUGGGUCAUUUGGUCUUAAAAGAAACACUAUUAUCACUCUGUCAUAGUUUCAGAGAUUUUCACCUAAGCAUUUAAGAUGCAAACCACUGCAUAUUUGUCCCAUUAAUGACUAGUGGGCCUUAAUUUUGGCAUUCAAAUUAGGGUAAAAAACCUUGGUUCUUGAAAUGCUAUAGAAAACAGCUUGAGGCCAGGCACAGUGGCUCACACCUGUAAUCCCAGCACUUUGGGAAGCUGAAGCAGGUGUAUCACUUGAGGUCAGGAGUUUGAGACAGGCCUGGUCAACAUGGUGAAAUCCCAUCUCUACUAAAAAUACAACAACAACAACAAAAAAAUAGGUGGGCCUGCUGGUGGGGAAGUCCCUGUUACCUGGGAGUCUGAGGUGGGAGAAUCACUUGAACCUGGGAGGCAGAAGUUGCAGUGAGCCGAGCUCGUGCCACAGCCGCUCCAGCCUGGGCAACAGAGUGAGGCUCUGUCUCAAAAAAAGAAAAAAAAAAAAAAAGGUGUAUUUUGGAUGUCUCUCUCUCCCCUUGCUUCUAUUUUAAAAAAAAAGCCUGAAAUAUCCUCCCCUUAAGGUCACGAUAUUGUCAUAUGCUAUCAUUUGACUCUCAACUGCUCUCUUAGGACUGCUUUUACACACAUAUAUAUAUAAUAUAUAUGUAAUAAGGCACAUUAGCUAAAACAAUUUAUUAAAUGUCUUAAAUUUCUGAAUAUAUCCCUGAAAAUACUAUGAGCUAUUUCUAAUACUGACAGUUAUUAAUAAAUGUAGCUAUUGAUCACCUCAGGAUUUCAUACAGACUAAACUAAGAUGGCACUUUAUCAUAGGGGACUUUUUUGUUUCAUUUAAUUAAAUUUUGAUGCGUUGAAUUGCUUUCCUGGUGUCAGAGAAACAUGAGAACAUUGCUCAAGAAUGGAAAUAAAAAGGCAGAGCAGACUACUGAUCUCAAUGAAAGGAAAAUUAUUUGCUAUAUCAUAGAUGUGCACUGUAAUUUCCAUGUUAAAGAGGCACUGCAUUUUUAAGAAAUAAAAUCACACAUUAUCUUAUUUUUUCAUCUCUAAAUGGAUACAGAAGUACUGUAAGUAAACUUAGCUGCCUAUUUUUCCAAAUAUGUUCAGAUUCACAUCUGAAAGAUCAAUCUGAAUAUGAGAUAAUAAAGUGCCUAUUACUUUAUUAAAUAAAGGGGACAAGAUGACAAUGCAGAUAUCCAAGAAUUAUGCUUUACAAGACAUAGAAACAUUGUUAAAUUGGAUUUUAUUAGUAUCAUGCAAAUGUUCCCUUCCACCAAGUACUGUUAAUGUGAAAAAUUAUAUAUAACUAGCAUUUAAAAAAUAUCUAAUACUGUCUCAUUAUCAUAUGUUUUCGAGCCCCAAAAUUACAUUUUAGACUCUCUUACUUUCUCUUCCUCUCCCCUUUCUUUAGCUUUUGUUUGUUUUUGUCUUGCCAGAGAAGUGUACCUAGUAAGGGAAUGUUUCUUAUUUGUGCCAAGGGACUAUUGAUGAUGCUGUAUAAUAGCAAGAUAGUAUUUUGUAAUGCCUGCUUUUUUAUAUUUCUAAUACAAAUGGGCUAAGCUGUGAAACCAAUUCACUAGGUUUAUCUGCUUUGAACAUUAUUGUACAAGUCAAAUUCUCUCUAAACAGUGCCUGGCACCUAAUACAUGCUAUGAAAGUGUGGGCUACGGCCGGGCGUGGUGGCUCACACCUAUAAUCCCAGCACUUUGGGAGGCUGAGGCAGGUGGAUCAUGAGGUCAAGAGAUCGAGACCAUCCUGGUCAACAUGGUGAAACCCCGUCUCUACUAAAAAUACAAAAAAAUUAGCUAGGCUUGGUGGCGCACACCUUUAGUCCCAGCUACUCGGGAGGCUGAGACAGGAGAAUUACUUGAACCCAGGAGGCAGAGGUUGUGGUGAGCCAGGAUCAUGCCAUUGCACUCCAGCCUGGGUAAAAAGAGCAAAACUCCGUUUCAAAAAAAAAAAAAAAAAGUGUAGGCUACUACUGCUUUCAUUUAUUAUUAUCAUUAUUAAAUAUCCACUGGUUGAAAAUCAGGGAGUUAGCUAAAUCAUACCUGCUACUGUACAAAAUGUUGGGAAAAGCUGAGAAAAAUCAUUCAGUAAAUAGUUUUGAGAACAAGAAUUUGUUCCUUAGAUAUUUUUAAAUUAUUAAAUGUUAUUGAAACUGCACCAAAACUGUGUGAAAUAAUUUAAUUUUGCAGAGUUCUAUGUCUAUAUUCUAUGUAAUUAAAGCUAUUUUUAUAUUAUUUUGAUAGUUUUAAAUAAAAAGGUUUGGAGGUU